AAUUAUUUCCCACAACCCAUUAUCGCUUGUACUCUGCCGCGUCUAGUACUCCCCUCGUCAAGACCUCUACUCCUCAACAUGACUAAACGUACACGCAAAGUGGGUGUGACCGGAAAAUACGGUACCCGUUACGGUGCUUCGCUUCGUAAGCAGGUGAAAAAGAUGGAGAUAACACAGCACGCCCGGUACACCUGCACCUUCUGCGGCAAGGACUCCGUGAAGCGUACCGCCGUUGGUAUCUGGAAUUGCAGCUCCUGCAAAAAGACGAUCGCUGGCGGUGCAUGGACAGUAUCGACGACUGCGGCUGCUACCGUACGGAGCACUGUUCGCCGUCUGCGGGAGUUGACUGAGGCAUGAAUCAAACAUCAUCGUUUCUUUUUUUCGUGUGUUGUUCCAUAUACUCGACCCAUAUAUGGUUUUUUCUUUCAGUAUACCGUGAUAAAUGGAGUGAUAAAGGGAGACUCGGGCCCGCCGUGAUCAUGAUACUAAGUUCAUGGAGAAAUAGAAAUUUCGAGCAAGCGCCGCAUCUCUGAAUUAGUGAAUCUUCUAGCGCAGUUUCGAGGUGGGCAUAUAUUUGAAACAAGAAACUGGGCAAAACAAUGAUACAUAUCUGCU